UCUGUUCUCCUCCUGCAUCCCGACCUUCUCAGUCAGCCGGCUUUCGCUGUUGCCUGACUGAGCCCAGCAGAGGCUCCACAUUCGGGCAGCGAGCCUCUUCACACACUUUCGGCAGAGCCAACACUUACUAGAAGACCAGACGAGUACGAGCAUCAGGAUGAGCUCGAGAUUCACGCCUCCCCCGUUCCUCCUCCUUCUUCUCCCCUCGCUCCUGAACUGCGGCACCGGCGCCGUCCCCUCCCCGUUCCAGCUGGCCCCGGACACCCCGGCCCCGGCCGAGCCCACGCCGACCCGGGCCGCGCCUCGGCCGGACCCGUGCGAAGGACGACCCUGUCUCAACGUGGGCUUCUGCCUGGCCCUCCCGUCUCCAGGCAGGCCAGAGGACACCUGGGAGUACACCUGCGUGUGCAGUCAGGGCUUCACUGGACGUAACUGUGAGUUUUUCACAGACCCGUGUUCCAGCAGUCCCUGUCUCCAUGGAAACUGCAGCCUGCGCAACGGAGAAGAAGGGGGAGGGCCGGCUUACACCUGUGAAUGUAGCGAAGGCUACGAGGGCCCGAGGUGCGAUCAAAUCGCACUGGGUGCGGCUGAAUGGGAAGCUGUCUCACCAUCCGCUCCUGAACUGGCCACCCCCGUAACCUCCACAACUUCAGCCGCCACGCAGCCACCACAAACAAGCAGCGUGUCCGCCAGCACGACACCGGCAACCCCCACCUUGCUGCCGUGGCAACCCAAAACUGGUCAGCGGCUUCUGAUAGUGCCGUGGGAGGCGGACAGGGUGACCGAGGGUCUGCACUGUGUGAGCCCAGAGCUGUGCGAGUUGUCAGCAACACUGACUUUAUCUCUGGAGGUGCCAGAGGAAACGGCUGUGAAGCUGGUGGUGAGCGCUGGUGGAGCUCCAGCGCUGUGGCGUGUGAAUGAAGAAGGCUUCCUGCGUUCUUCCUUUGUAAAUGGGUCGGAGAUGUGGUUCAUGCAGUCCUCCAAUGGGCUGGUGGUGCCUGACCACGCGUUGCCUCUGGGACAAAACUACUUCCUCAGUGUGAUCCAGGUGGGUGCCCCCACAGCACCAGAGGUCACCCUUCGUCUCAACCUGACGGUGAAAGCUAGCAGCUGCGUGGAGCCUGGCAGCAGCUUCAGUGACCCCCAGUGCUCGGGUAAAGGCAAAUGUGUCACACAGCCCUCUGAGAGCACCUUCUUUUGCGAGUGUGAUGACAGCUACACCGGAAUCUUCUGUGAGGAAUUUGAUGCCUGUCACCACCGCCCUUGUCGUAACAAUGCCACCUGCGCUGAUGUUCGGCAGGGAGGCGAAGGACACAACUUCACUUGUACCUGUCAAGCAGGUUACGAAGGGGAACGCUGCCAAUUACUGGUAAACCACUGCCUCUCUGAGCCCUGUGAGAAUGGAGCCACUUGCUCCAGCAGCUUGGCCGGGCCUCAUUGCUUCUGUCCUGAAGGAUAUCAGGGGGCCACAUGUGAGCAGCAGGUGGAUCCGUGUGCUUCUCGGCCUUGCCACAACAACGGAACGUGCUACUCUCAGGGUCCCAGCCCUCUGGGCUUCGGCUGCAGCUGCACAUCGGGUUUCACCGGCCCCACGUGCGCCCAGUUGGUGGAUUUCUGCGCUUUGAACCCGUGUGCCCACGGAGUAUGUCGCAGCGCGGGCAACAGCUACAGGUGUCUUUGCAUCCCAGGCUACCACGGCUUGUACUGUGAGGAGGAGUACAAUGAGUGUCUGUCUGCGCCCUGCCAGAAUUAUGCCACCUGCCGGGACCUCAUCAAUGCCUACGAGUGUGUCUGCACACCACAGUUUGAAGGUAGACACUGUGAAAUUUACAAGGACCCGUGUCUGAAGAUGCACUGCCUCAAUGGAGGUCACUGCGAGAGUGCAGGACUGAAUGCUUCCUGCACCUGCCCACCUGGAUACAUGGGGGAGCGGUGUGAGGUCGACAUCAACGAGUGUGAGAGCAACCCUUGUCAUCACGGGGGCACUUGUAUUGACCAAUCACACGGCUACACCUGUCACUGCCACCCUGGGUGGGUGGGGCCUGGCUGUGAGAUCCACCUGCAAUGGAAGCCGCCGCACUCGGAGGAAACUCUGACCAACAUGCCCCGCCACUCCCUUUAUAUCAUCAUUGGAGCGUUGUGUGUGGCCUUCGUCCUCAUGCUCAUCAUCCUCAUCGUGGGCAUCUGUCGCAUCAGCCGCAUCGAGUACCAGGGCUCGUCGCGACACGCCUACCAGGAGUUUUACAACUGCCGCAGCAUCGACAGCGAGUUCAGCAACGCCAUCGCAUCCAUCCGCCACGCCAGAUUUGGCAAGAAGUCUCGGCCUGCCAUGUAUGAUGCCACUCCUAUCAGCUAUGAAGACUACAGUCCUGAUGACAAACCUUUGGUUACACUCAUUAAAACGAAGGAUUUGUAAAACAUCGUUGCGCCCACGUACACGCACACACAGGCUUAUAUCGGGAAAAGUCAGUCUGAAUGUAAAAUGUGAGGAAAAAAAAGAUCCCAAAAUAUAUGAUCUGUAGUUUAAAAAGAACAACUAUGGAAUUUGAUACAUCUAUUUUCCUGUUAAUGUUCAUGCUAAGGUUUUAUUGUAGCAUAAGCGCAGCACUGGCACAGUAUACUGAUGAGGGCCAAGAGUGCCAAUAACCUCUAGUACAAAAUAGUGAUGCCUGCUCACAACUAUCUGUCUGCUGUCAGGGCCUGCAAACCUGACAACAGUCAGCCAGAUCAGUGCAGGAAAUAGAAGUCACUGCAUAGGCUGAAUAUUUUUAUAUCUAAAGUCAAUUCUGCGGUAGGUUGCCUUACUUCGUGCAUGGUUAUUAGAUUUGAUGUCCAUCCCUUUCGUUGGUUGCUAUUUCCCCUGCAGAUGUAUUACUCUGUAAAGAUUGUGCCAAUUAUUCUUUCGUGGUUGGUAGACAAAUACAUAGGCCUACAUGUGUAAGAAUAUUAGUCACACACGAUUUAAGGGAGAUUUUUGUUUCUUUUAGUAAUACCUAUUGUCUUUGUUCCUUACAUGCAAGUUUCUCAUCAGUGUAUUAAUUGUCGAGAAUGUGCAUUUGCUAGAGUACUGUGACCCUACCAUCCUGCUUGUGUGUACUUUCGUGAACUGUAGGGUAGACGGUUGGUAUGAUUGUAAGAGCACAGUUUUUUUUCAGUGUACCUGUUCCUGUUAUGGAACACUAACUCCCACCAAGUAUCGAUCGUACAGAAUGCUUCUUUGCUGCAACGACUUGUAGAUGUGGAUUAAACAUGUUACUUAUAUUACCUACGUUAAAUUAUGUAAAGAUUAAAAGUGAACCAUAUUCGUCAAA